AUGCCUCCUAAGAAGGCUCCGCCGAAGAAAGAUGGCGCAGCAGAUGAGAAGGAUUAUGAUCUCGAGAACUUCAUGUUGCAGAAACGGCUAGAAGUGAUCCAGCAUCGGAUUCAACUCAAAGAGGAAGUCAUUGCUGAAUGUCAAGAGAAAAUGGAGGAGCAACGGAAACGGAAAGGUAUCGUAUGCCAACGUAUCGCAGCCGCCGCUAUGCUGUUGAAUGUCGGUUUCUCAGCUGAUUUGGAGAGUCAGAGUAAGCGAGAGUUGGAGAGACGGGAAGAAGUGCUUGCUGAAAUGACACGACAGUUCAAUGAGAUGCAGAACAGUUUUACUGACCGCAUCGUUGAUUUGAAGGAACAGGUUAAGAGGGCCCAGGAAGACAUAGUUGAGGUCGAGAACAUGAAGGAAACGACACGCAGAGAGAAGGAUGAUGAAAUCGCUAGAAAAGACGAGACUAUUCGACAGCUCACGCUCAAGAUGGAAGCUAUGGCAUUCGAAUUCGGCGAUAUGUUAAAGGAAGUGUUGGACAAGAUGAGUCAGCGUAUCGAAGUGACUCAUUCUGGUUGGUCUCAAACUGUCCGAGCGGAUGUCGAUGAAGCCGUAGCUCCUUUCACUAAGCAGCCCCUCAUUAGUCGCCUGCGAGAGUUCGAACUGGUGGCACACGGUGAUAUCCCCCUUGAUGACAAGGCAGAGUGA